AUGGCUGGGCACUGCGGGAUCCUGGAUCAGUGGUUUGAGUCAGAGCCCCUGAAGGCGACUCUGGCUACUGACGCAGUGAUUGGAGCCAUGGCCAGCCCCCACACCCCUGGCAGUGGGUACGUGCUGUUGCACCACGUGAUGGGCGAGCUGCAGGGACGGCGGGGGGCCUGGGGCUGCGGGGCCAUGGGAGCUCUGUCCCAAGCCAUCGCCCGUGCAGCAGCUGCCCAAGGAGCCCACAUCUUUGCUGAGAAGGCUGUGUGCCACGUGCUGCUGGGCAGGGACGGGAGGGCACAGGGCAUCGCGCUGCAGGAUGGGACAGAGGUGAGGAGCAAACUGGUGCUGUCCAAUGCCUCCCCUCAGAUCACCUUCCUGGAGCUCACUCCCCAGGAGCAGCUGCCAAAGGAUUUUGUCCAGCGGAUCCGGCAGGUUGACACAUGCUCCCCCGUCACCAAGAUCAAUGACCACCAGUGCUCCAUCCAUCUCAACUGCGAGGGCACCCACCUCCUGCACCAGGCCUUCACGGAGGUGACCCACGGGCACCCCUCCAGCAGGCCCAUGAUCGAGCUCUGCAUCCCCUCAGCGCUGGACCCAGGGCUGGCCCCACGGGGCUGCCAUGUCGUGUCCCUCUUUACCCAGUACACCCCGUCUGUGCUGGCGGGUGGGCGGCACUGGGAUGAGCAGGCCAGAAAUGCAUAUGCAGACACAGUGUUUGACUGCAUCGAAGCCUAUGCCCCGGGGUUCAAGGCAUCCGUCAUCGGCAGGGACAUCCUGACGCCACCAGACCUGGAGAGGAUCUUUGGGCUGCCGGGUGGGAACAUCUUCCAUGGAGCGAUGUCUCUGGACCAGCUGUACUUUGCCCGGCCAGUACCAUCCUACUCAGGCUACCGGUCCCCAGUUCCUGGCUUGUACCUGUGUGGAAGCGGAGCCCACCCUGGAGGAGGAGUGAUGGGAGCAGCAGGACGCAACGCCGCCCGUGUGGCCCUGGAGGACUUCAGACGCCUAUGA